AGUAACAGAAACAGAAGAGGAAGAUACGGAGCCAAACCAAAGCGUAAAAGCAUGGUCCAAGUGAUUCCUCGGAAGUAAAAAGACCCAAGAAAGCCCGUUUGCGCCCCCACCACAACCAAAGAAUAAUAAUUGCUUCAGCAGGAAAUAGUUCUUCUUCCUUCAGCCUUCUGCUUCUGAUUCUGAUUCUGAUUCUGUAACUUAUAUCCAAAGAGAGAGAGAAAGAGAUGGGUGAAGGAAGUAGGAGAGAGAUGGAGCUUUCGAUAGAGACGUCGUCGAUGUUCCCGGGGUUUCGAUUCUCCCCCAACGACGAGGAACUCAUAUCCUUCUACCUCAGCAAGAAGCUCCAAGGUUGCGACGAAUGCGUCGAAGUCAUUGCCGAGGUCGACCUCUGUAAAUACGAUCCCUGGGAUUUACCUGCUAAAGCUGUCAUUCAAUCAGACAAUGAGUGGUUCUUCUUUUCUCCUCGUGGAAGGAAGUACCCAAAUGGAACUCAAAGUAAGAGGGCGACUGAAUCUGGCUAUUGGAAAGCUACGGGGAAAGAGCGAAAUGUUAAGUCAGGGUCUAAUGCGAUUGGUACAAAGAGGACUCUGGUGUUCCAUAAAGGUCGAGCACCAAAGGGGGAGAGGACAGAAUGGAUUAUGCAUGAACUCUGUAUGAAUGGAAUGUCUCAGGAUUCUUUGGUUGUUUGCCGCCUACGGAAGAACUAUGACUUUCGACUAAAUGAUGGACAGAGUUCUUCAAGCGGAAGGCAGUUACAGACUGAAGGUGAUGGUAAUGUUAAUUCAUUAGAAGCUGAUGUAAUUGAACAAUCAGGCAUACCUGAAGGAGCUAAAGCAGUUGAAUCCUGCUCGAAGGAGGGUAGCAGCAGUUAUACUUCCCACUCAGUUCAGGAGCAGACUGAUUCCGGAUAUGAGUCUAAUCAGAAUUUGACACGUGAGUGUUCUGAGCCUGGUUCUUCUAGCUACCAGGUUGGCGAUGAAGGAUAUUGUUAUGAUGAUUUUGCUGAUAUAAUGGAGGAUGAUAUUGUCACCCUCGACGGAUCUUUACUGGCUCCAACACCUAAUCUCUUGCCAGCAGCGGCUGAUAAAAAAUCCGAGGAUCAGAGGCCGCCUCAAGAGCAUGUACAGGAAACUUCAUUACACCUUGAUCCUCUCCAGGGCGCAGCCAACCGAAGAAUCAGGUUUAGGCGGCAAACACCGGAAACUGGCAAUUUCGAGCCAGUGGAGGUCGACGCAAGCAAUAGGCACUCGAUCGAGGAACUCACGCGUCCCAGCCCAGAGCAGCCUCCAAAAUGCAUCCUGAGCUUAGUUUCAGACCGGGGAGUGAGUCGCAGCACGAGGUCUCUUGUCUUCAUAUUCCUGGGCUUGCUGCUGGUGUUUGUGUCUUUGCUGGAAGUACCAUGGCAGCGCAAAGGGUUCAAAUAUCCUUCCUUAUGAAAAGCAGGCAGUUUCGAAGUGGAGUGAGCAUUGUUAAUUUGCCCGGCUCAUGAUGUAGACUUGCAAGUGAAAUUUGUGCGUAGAUGGAGAAAUUGCUGUCUGUUGUAUAGGUAAUAUGUAGGUGUGCUAUAUAUCUAGUGUGUUGAUUUAUGCUUUAUAUUAUAGCUGAUCCGUUUCUUCUUAGUUUCCUCCUGAAUGUUUAUCUAAAGUGAUUGAAUAAAUAACAGGCAUAUA